AUGUCGUCAAACAACCAUGGGGAUCAAGACCUCGGCCCCGAAUGGGACGAGGUCCAAAACUGUAUGGACAAGAUUUUCAUGGGUGAGUUUAUGGAGGACGACGAAUUCAAUAAAGGCCAGAGAGCUCUUAAGAUUAUUAUACUACGUCACGAAAGCUCAGACACUGUUCUCAAAAAUAUCAUGCAUAUGUUGACAUGUUACCUCUGUGACAUUUGUGACAAAGUUCAUGUGGCUUCGAAGCACCAAAGCGACGACGGAGUUUUGCGAUGGUACAUCACCGAAGUGAUGAAUUACCUAGCCAGGUCUGAGAGAAACAGCAUCUUCCUUCGCAAGUUUGACCAGGAUUGGGUUAAUCUGCCUAAGGUGGAAGAACUUGGGUACCCGGCUACUGUACCAUUACUACACGCCAAAGAAUGGAUGGACAUGCUUGAACAACAAACCAACAACACCCCAGGGGGCGGGCUUCAAGCCCGGCUGCAGCGAAGCAUUGCCUGGCUCAUGCAGACAGAGCUUGUCGGAGCCGCCAACAAUGACACGCUGUUGGACGAUGCUCUCCGUGUUUUCGGAAAAUUGGAAGUCAUGAAUCGCCCAUAUAAGACUUUGGCCCAUUACCUAUUCUAUGCACCACUUCUAGAAGCCAUCUCUGAUCUCUUCAACACCAUAAAGGUGAAUAUUGUCUCCAAUAUGGGCUCCGUACUCGACUACCUUGACGAAGCCAGAUUGCUCGAAGCCCGGGUAAGGGCUCUCCAAAGUCGCCUGCCACGUACCUUUGGGAAGACCAUGUAUGCCACCUUCCGAGAAAUCAUCAUCAAGAGCAGUUGGGAUAUGAUCAUGGAGGGUUUCCCAAGUAUAUUAGACAAUCGUGAAACGGAGUAUCCUAUUCGAGUAUGCCAGGGCUUAAAGCAUGCCAUGGACUUCCACAUUCUCGGGGACAUCCUCCUCACCCACGCACGGGAAGCUGGGAGGGCAAAGAUCGAGACUUUGCUCUCCACUGAGAGUCUCAACGCAGAAACCUUCGUGCGCGGUUUCAGCGAACUAUUCAAGAAAUAUCGGACCUGGCUGGACUCGGUGUUUCACGACAUCGAAGACAUUAUUGACGGCGAUGAGGACGAUAACGUCCCUGACAUAUAUGACAUCUAUGAAAUCGAAGACAUUAGAGAUAUCAAUGACAAAUUCCGCAGUAACUGGACCGAUACCAUCAACGAGACAGAAUAUGUUGGGUUCGGGCCCAUGAAGUCAACGGAGCUAGUGGAGAGAUUUAUGGAUUCGGCAAUCCGAAAAGGGCCAAAUGUCGACGAACACGAGUUCUCUACAGAUCUAGACGCAGCAGUUACCAUACUGGAGUUUGUGGACAAGAUCUUUUUCUUAAAAUUAUAUAUGAAAGGACUCGCGACCCGGAUCUUCGACGGCAACAUGUCCGACUCCCACGAGCGCCUUGCAUUAUCCAAAUUGCGCGAAUCACUCUCAGAACAGAGUAUCGGACAUCUUGAAAACAUGCUCAAAGAUGUCGAGUUCUCCAGGAAAUUUACUACGGAUUGUCGUGCGACUCACGGCACAUCAUCAGAAUGGCCCGCUGCGGAGGUAACCUACUGGGUCGCGUCUGCAACCCAGUGGUAUCUUGCACCAACCACCAAGACCCAUUUCCGACUCCCAAAGCCAGUCACCGACGCUUUUGAUAAAGCCCAAAGAAGCUACGAGUCCUUUCACAAAGACGGCAGACUCCUAUGGCUGCCGCACUAUUUCAGCGGCGAGCUCGAGGUCAACUUGCCCACCCACCAGGACAAGGACAAGACUUACACCUUCGAGGUGUCGAUGUACCAGAUAUGCGUGCUCCUUCUCUUCAACGACGCCGACUUCCUCACCUACCAACAGAUUCGCAACGCCACCACCUACGAAAUCGACGUCCUAGACCAGGUUCUGGCCUCUUUGACCCAACCCGGGGUACUACUGGAGUCAUGUGAGAUAGACGAGCAGGGCCGCAGCACGAGAUUCUACCUCAACAAGUAUUUCGAGAGCAAGGAUAAGGUCGUGAAGCUGAACACGAAGAUGAUUGACGAUAUCCCCGAGGCAAAGAUCUACCAGGGCGUGCAGGAGAAGAACAUCGAGAAGCUCGAGUACAUCAUCGUCAGUGUCAUGAAACAACAGUCGCGCCUAGACCGCUCGGAGCUAUUCGAGCUGACGAAAUACGCGGCCAGGCCGCGCUUCGUCGCCCGGGACGAAGACAUCGAGAAGCAGAUCGAGCGGCUGCUGAAGAAGGGAUACAUCGAGCGCGAUGGUGGAGAGUUCAAGUACGUGGCUUGA